GAAAAGGGCCAGGCGAAGGUAAGAGCAAGGCAAAGCUCCGUGUAUGGGCUUGUGGGUUCGUUUGGUGGUCGAUUGGGGUUGAGGUUGGUUGAGAUUGCGUGCUGACGCUGUCAGGACAACGACAGGGGCUGGAAACAGUCGGGUCGGACGGACAAAUUUUCGUGGUUUGUCCAUGAUAAUUGAUGGCGAGUAGAUUUAUAUAGUCUGUCUACCCGGUUCAUAGCACGAGUUUGCAGAGCUCAGCUCUCUCGCUGCUCGCUCCCUCCGCUGCGCAUGGAACGAGCUCACACUUAUUGCAUUGUGUAGUCUCCUUCUGCACGAGCGUCAGGGACAACAAGUGGAAUUUAGAUUGCAGGCUGGCCAAGUGAGGCAAGGCAAGGCGCGUAGCUAGACGAGGGAGGAGCCGCGUCAAGAGGAGGGGAGACGCUGGGCGGGACAGGGCAAGGAAGGAGUUGAUCGAAGGAAACGGAAGAGCAGAGGAGGAGGAGGAGGAAGAGGAAGAGGAAGUUCGGAGGCGAGCGAAGGAUGACAGGAAGUGUCUAGAGGCCAUUCGGGAGGCCGACGAAGAGGAGUAUCACAGGUGGGUGUAUGAGGUGUUGUUGUUCUGGAAUUAGGUUAGGGCUAUCGAGAAGGGGAGCGAAGGGGACACAUUGUGAGGAGAGAGAAUCAAUCCCGCGGGACGGAGGAGUUCAUGAGCAACCGGGAGAAUAGCGGGAGGGAGAGGAGAAAACCGGAUCUGUUAGGCGAGGAGUGUGUAUCGACAGCAUCAUAGACACCUCAGAAGUGGUGUAAUUGUGAGACCACGGGGCGUUGGAUCGCAUUCUGACUGGCCUACCCUUGAUACCUUGCCUGAUCCUUCGUCCUACACUCUGCCUGUACCCACCCAUCCAGGAGCUAGUCGGUCAAGAUGAGUCAGCCGAAGAAGAAAAACUUUAAGAUUGAGCCGUUCAAGCACAAGGUGGAGAUGGAUCCUAAGUAUGCCGAAAAGACCUGGAAAAUUUUGGAGGACGCAAUACAUGAAAUUUACAACCACAAUGCUAGCGGCUUGAGUUUUGAGGAACUCUACAGAAACGCGUACAACAUGGUACUUCACAAGUAUGGCGAGAAACUUUAUUCUGGACUCGUCAACACGAUGACUCAGCACCUGCGGGAAAUCGCCAAGUCAGUGGAAUCUGCUCAGGGAGGCCUUUUCCUUGAAGAGCUAAAUAGCAAAUGGCUGGAACACAACAAGUCGUUGCAGAUGAUCCGAGACAUCUUGAUGUACAUGGACAGAACUUAUGUGACGAAUUUUAAUAAGACUCCUGUUCAUGAACUUGGGCUGAACCUUUGGCGCGAUAACAUUGUUAGAUCGUCUAAGAUCAGGGACCGAUUGCUGGAUACACUUCUUGACCUUGUACAUAGGGAGCGAACUGGGGAGGUCAUAAACCGAGGAUUGAUGCGCAACAUCACCAAGAUGUUGAUGGAUUUAGGGCCGACAGUUUAUCAGGAAGAGUUUGAGAGGCCUUUUCUUGAGGCUGCUGCAGACUUUUACAGGCUGGAAUCACAGCAAUUCAUUGAGACCAGUGACUGCGCAGACUAUUUGAAGAAGGCCGAGAGGAGGCUGAAUGAGGAGAUAGAGAGAGUCACUCAUUAUCUCGAUCCCAGAAGCGAGAUAAAGAUAACGGCUGUGGUAGAGAAGGAGAUGAUUGGGAAUCACAUGAAGCUGCUAGUCGAGAUGGAGAAUUCUGGGCUAGUGUCCAUGCUCAUCGAUGACAAGUACGAUGAUUUGGCUCGAAUGUACAACCUUUUCCGCCGGGUUACCACGGGUCUGCAAACCGUCCGCGAGGUGAUGAUUCAUCAUCUUCGAGAAACCGGCAGACAGCUUGUGAUGGAUCCUGAGAGGUUGAAGGACCCGGUUGAAUUUGUGCAAAGGCUCCUGGACGAGAAGGAUAAGUAUGAUAAGAUCAUACAUCUAUCCUUCAGUAAUGACAAGACGUUUCAGAAUGCCUUGAAUUCAGCCUUUGAAUUCUUCAUAAAUCUCAAUGUAAGGUCACCAGAAUUCAUCUCCCUGUUCGUGGACGACAAGCUGCGGAAGGGUUUGAAAGGAGUAAGCGAGGAGGAUGUCGAGACUGUACUGGACAAGGUCAUGAUGCUAUUCAGGUAUCUGCAGGAGAAGGAUGUGUUUGAGAAAUACUACAAGCAGCACCUAGCAAAGCGUUUGCUUUCAGGGAGAACCGUGUCAGAUGAUGCAGAGAGGAGUUUGAUAGUCAAACUGAAGACCGAGUGUGGCUACCAGUUUACCUCGAAGUUGGAAGGAAUGUUCACUGACAUGAAGACAUCUAGAGAUACCAUGCAGGGUUUCAACGCAAUGCUCGCAAACACUGGCGAAAGCAGUGAGACGCGAGCCACAGCUGAAGGGCCGACUCUUGCAGUGCAAGUCCUGACAACCGGUUCGUGGCCAACCCAGUCUGGGGCGAGAUGUAACUUGCCAACAGAAAUCCUGACCAUGUGCGAUAAGUUCAAAGCCUACUACCUGUCUACUCACACCGGGCGUCGCUUGACCUGGCAGACCAACAUGGGGACUGCAGACCUCAAAGCCACGUUCGGAAGCACCAAUAAGCAUGAGCUCAAUGUCUCGACGUAUCAAAUGUGUGUUCUCCUCUUGUUUAACAUGGCAGACAAGUUGAACUAUCGAGAAAUUGAGCAAGCGACAGAUAUACCUUCGCAGGAUUUGAAACGAAAUCUGCAAUCAUUAGCUUGUGUGAAAGGGAAGAACGUCUUGAGGAAGGAGCCGAUGAGUAAGGAUAUCAGUGAGGACGAUGUGUUUAUUUUCAACGACAAGUUUCAGAGUAAGUUCUACAAAGUCAAGAUCAGUACGGUUGUGGCUCAAAAGGAGAGUGAACCUGAAAAGCAGGAGACGCGGCAAAAAGUCGAAGAAGAUAGGAAGCCACAGAUUGAGGCAGCGAUUGUAAGAAUUAUGAAGUCCAGGCGUGUGCUGGACCACAACAAUAUUAUCAGCGAGGUGACGAAGCAGCUGCAGGCUAGAUUUCUGCCGAAUCCUGCAGUCAUUAAGAAGCGUAUUGAGUCACUUAUUGAGCGUGAGUUCCUUGAGAGGGAUCGAAUCGACAGGAAGCUCUACCGGUAUCUUGCCUAAUUGUACCCCCUUGUUCAAUAGUGCCAAGACUUCUUGGUGUUAGAUGGUGGAGCAUCAAAGCUGGGCAGCUUUUCAGGGUCUUGUGGUUCCAUGAGCCAGUCAGAGGGCCUUUGACCAACAGCUGUGGAGGCAGUAAGCGAAGGGCUAGUGACGGAUUGCCGGAGCUGCUCCGUAGCAAAAUCACAUGGUCACCCCAGGUCUCCUCAGACAGUCAGCUACGUGUAAGCGUGCUUGGCUAGAGCAGAAAAUAAUGGACAGCAAGCGACGGUCGAUAUCCAAAGUUGCUUCACAUGCAGAUGUUUGGUUUCACGUCUCGAAAGCUGCUGUAGCUUUCUCAGGUGGAACUAUCAUUGUCUGCCCUGGCAUUGGUGUCCUGCAUUGUGGAGGUUAGAGCAAGUCAUGCUGUGCAGUGUUUAUAAGUAAAUUUCUGAAGUGACAUUAAAAGUACAGCCUCCUGGGAAAAUUGUCUCAAGUUGCAGGUAUGCAGUGAGAGCUUUGGAAGUCUUUCUCUUGUAAUUUACAUCCUGGUCUCUCCAGUUCGAGACAGUAGUGUAUCCUAGCCAAAAUUCUUAGUGUACUCAACAUCCGCUGUGACCCCUUGUACACUAUUUGGACACAGCUUUUGGGCCCACCAAUUUGUGUCCCAGUGGACUUUUGAUGUGUCUGAGAAAUGGGCAGCCAUAGCUUUGCAUCUUGGCAUCCAUCUCGAACAUGACUCCCGCACUCAUCUGCACGGGUUAGUCAAAGUAAUCAGAGAAGUAUUUUUCUCGAUCGUUAGCGACUUUGUUUUUUAAAGAACCUGUUUCUUGAAGAAAGCUACGGAGGAUUUUUAUGAACUCCCGUGAGUUUGAGAGUCAAGAGAAACAUUGGGCUAGAGGAUCUAACUCUGCCAGAUUACCUGAGGUGUAUCAUCAACACCAGAUGUUGCAAGAAUCGGCCCCUGAUUGUUAGGUCUCCUCAAGAGUGUGGUGUUUGCGAACUGCCUAUCCAGCUUG